UUGAUAUCGCGGAUUCACUAGUCAUUACAGUAAUCCGUUAGACUCCGUCUGGAAAUUAUAUAUAGUCACUAAUAAUGUGAAAACACUAUCCGUGUCUGUUCCUUAUCUUGACAGGUCACUGUUUCAUAAUUGUUUCAGUUUUUCCCAGUUAGUUCAUGUUAGCUACAUAGUUUACUAUGCUAAUGUUAGCUACUACCUCUAACAUGACCUACACUGGCGGACAAUUAUGAUCCAGGUCCAGCAGCAGCUAAUCCACAUAACCAACGUGUAUAGAUUCAGGAACAAAUGCCCUACAAUUAACAUCAUAACAGUUUACAUUUUCGGUGAAUUCAUAGUUUGUAAGGCAUUUUUCAGUCAAACAUUAUCACUAGCUCUGACCCAAUAACAUUGUUAUCGAUAUAAACAGCAGAUAUAGCUUUGGGAAUAUGUGGCUGCUAUAAUCAACAUAAUUAACAAGACGUUUUUACAAUUAGCAAAAAAGGGUUUCAAUGCUAUUCUUCACCAAACACUAUCAACCACACUGACAUGGUGAAUAAAUAAAACCAGCUCAUAUAAAUGCAGGAACCUUUAGUCUACAAUCAGCAUAAUUUCACAUCUUCCUUUUAGAAUUUGUCAAUUUCUAAAGGGAAAAUAACCUUUUAAUAUGUGAUCAUCAGAAAUAACCUUUUAAAAUGUGCCCAGGACACCGAAACCCUCCUGGAGUGAGCAUUCACACGUGGGGAGGUCCUGCUGUUUACCUGAAAACCCAUUGGGACAGCAACUACUUGGACAGUGCUUUGCCCCAAGCUGGCUUUACUAAGGCUUGCCAUUUAUAAGUGUAAAGACAACAGAUUCCUGCAACAUAGUUGGCACCACGGACGUCUGACGAGAAGGUGAAGCUCCUACUGGGCCACUAGAAGUGUACUUUGAGCGUACUCUGUCCAGCGUGGGUCCACUAGAAGCAUGUACACAGCCUCCAAGCGUACCAUGUGGAACAUGGGCUGGAUCAGAUCUAUCUGUUUUAAACGCAUACAGGAGGAUCUGUAACACCUCUCUGUGGACUGGGUUGCCCCCUGGAGAGGAAAUCUAAGCCUGGGUUACAGUGCAUCAAUGGCAACAGGGAAAGUGUGGGCUCCCGACCGCAAGACCGGGAACAACCCCGCGGGCAGGGGGGGCGGGACGACGACCCCCGGACAGGUGGAGGCUCAGCACCGGCGGAGGGUCAGGAGCCGGCAGAGGACUGGAGAGGGCACCGCCAAGGCUGGGACAGGAGAGAGCGGCGGAGCGGCCGGGACAGGAGAGGGCGCCGUUGAGGCCGUGACCGAAGAGGGCGCUGCUGAGGCCAAGACCGGAGAGGGCUCGGGUGGCGGUGGCGGCCAGUCCUCGGGGGGCUCGGGCGGCGGCCAGUCCUCGGCGGGCUCGGGUGGCAGCCAGUCCUUGGCGGGCUCGGGUGGAAAACAGGGCAGCAGGGGGAACUGACAGUGGCGACCACUGGGCAGCAGGAGGAGCUGGCGGCAUCGGCCACUGGACAGCGGGAGGAGCUGGCGGCUGCGGCCACUGGGCAGUGGGAGGAGCACAGCAGAAGUUCAGCACAGCUGACAGAAGUUCACGUGACAGCUAAGAACUUUCUGCAAAAACUAAUGUCGGAACCGAACAUCACACACAGUGAGAAUAGGGAUGUAAACAUGAUUAAAUUUAAUGAGGAAGCAAAGAGACUGCUGUCUAAGGAUGGGUAAUUUCAGUUGUUGUGUUUGCAUGUAUCUAAACAAAUCCUAUGUGGCUUUAACGAUUAAA